AUACUAUCCACGUAUGAGGUUGUGACGUUUCUUCGCUUUUGAGGAAAUGAGUUGUCGAAGGAACGACGAUGACGAAACCCCAAGCAGCUCCUCCAAUAGGCUGCAGCAAGACCACUGUAAGCAUUCAACAGCUAGUCUACUGGUUUUUGGAAUAAGUUUGCGAGGGAUAAAGUAGAUACUUUCCUUGUCACUGGACAGACAAACAAACAAUCGUCGCGCCAUGACUUCCAAAGAUUCGGAUGCCGGCGGCGUCAUGGCCCCGAUGACGGGCGACUACAAUAAGCUGAAUGCAUCGCAGUCCACCGUGUGGAAAUAUGCCAAACCAUUGUUUGCCAAUGCCCUACAAGACGUGGCGCGGGGGUCGACAUUUCGGGUGGCUGAUUUGGGUUGUGCUACGGGCGGAAAUUCCGUGGCGCCACUGGCCUUUGUGGCGUCUCAUCUCCACAAUGACUGCGCCUUGGAAGUCUUUCUGGGAGAUUUGCCGCAAAAUGCCUGGAGUGCCGUGGUGACGACAGUCACGCCCGAAUCGAUUACUGGUACACCCAAUGGCGAUCGUUCUGCCAGUAAUACAUUUGUGUACAUGGUGGGACGCACCUUUUACGAAUCGUGUACGCCUCCCGGCACAUUGGAUUUAAAUUACAGUUUGGUGGCGGUGCACUGGAUGAAAUCCUAUGCGGGAGAUGUCCCCACGGGGCUGUAUGCGACGGAUCCGUUGCAUACGACCGACCCGGAAUUGUUGCAGGCGUGGCGCACUGCCGGAGCUCAAGAUUUUGCCGAUUUUACACGAGCACGACACCGAGAAUUGAAACUGGGAGGACGAUUUAUUGGUGCCGUGGCAUGUCCCAAGGAAAAUGGAGACUAUCCGUGGUCCAAAGUAGGAAAAGUACUCCAUGAUGCCCUCCUGUCGAAAGUGGAAUCUCCUCAAGUUAUUGCGGCUUGUGUCUUGCCCUGUUGUUGGAGAACCCGUGCGGAUGUCGAGGCUGGAUUUGCCAUAGGGUGGCAAGUGGAAGCAUUGGAGUUUCACGAAACCAAAGAUCCCGUUCGCGAGCAAUUGGAACAAGGUGGAGUGAUUACUCCCACGGAGUAUGCUACUGCCGUCGUGGAAUCGUUCAAAUCAGUGGGUCAUCCUACCUAUGCCGGAGCACUGGCCAAAACCAUGCCACAGACUCAAGUGGAUCAACUCUUGGCAGAAGCCUACAAGGAUUGUAUCGAUGUGAUUGCCGCAGAUCCAGAGCAGUACAACUUGGAUGUUUCGUUCUGGUAUGUUGUGGCCAAGAAGACGAGCGACUAAAGUAACACACUCAAUAUUUCCACUCGUGACCGCAACAGCUAGCCUAGACGCACUCCACCUUCCCCAUUAGUAUGACAUUGUGAGAUCGGGCGGACAUAAAAAAUUCACCGACAAACAAAACACAGACCCCCUGCUACAACCCCAAGGCACAGCCUCAAUCGAAUGUGAUGACAGCAUUGCCGACAUGCGAACGCACAAGCAGUUAUUGGAUGGGAACGACUGCUCGAAGAAAGGCUAUCAAAACAGUGGGCACGCCAACAGGACCAAGACUGUGACCUCAAAACACACCGGGAAAAUGACCAAACAUGGCUAACAGGGAUCAUCCACGAGAUGCUCACUCGGUGGUAUGAACAUAUAUCUAAUAGCCAUCAAAGGGCUGUUUGCUGAGGUACAAGCGAAGUCAUUCAAGAAACAAUCACCAAUAUUGGUGGAAGAUGUCGUAAUUUGCUGUUACAAAAGGUAAUUUCGGCUGUUCUAGCUAUAGUUGAUUUGCCCCUAUCGUUUUCAGGUUUUGCAGUCAAAUGUAUGUUGUGAUUGUUGUUGUUGAUGAUGAUGUGAAAUUCAAGAGAACUCUAAAGGUGCAGGAAACAACCAAAAAUCUAGAACCACAGCUGAUUGUCUGUCGAUUGCUCUUUUUCGGUUUCGUUGAUUCCAUUCCAAUUUUUGUGAUAACGCAUCUUUUACCAUCCAUCAUCCGCUUCUUCGGCAAUACGUUUCUUGUCUGCUUCGCUGAGUUCCAUGUCGGCUGUAUCCGCGGCACCGGUUUCUUUCAAGGCAGAUUCCAAUUGACUGGCCAACGAUGCGACAUCAGAGACAGAGCUCACUUCUACGUCCUCCAAGAGACUUCCAGCUAUUCGAGUACUCAUGUCAUCGGACAAACCUCCUCCACGUUCUCGUGCGCGUUCGCCUUGAUUCUCUGUGAAUGCCACCAUUCCGAUCCCUACCGACAAUCCGGCAAACGCCACCCCGGCACCCAUGAGGACAUUUUCUAUAAAAUACAGUCCAAAGUGAAACAGAAAAAUCGUAUUGGUCAGUCAAGCAAACAUCAGCGGGAGACAGAGGAAACAAGAACACCAUCCACUUACGGUCCACCAUGUUCAGGGAAGUAGACUGACGGUUAUUGUCUGUGGUCACAACCGAGAAACCAGAGGUUCCAGAGAGGAGGCUCAAAAGGGCAAGAGAGAAAAGCGAUCGGGGCAUCAUUGUGAAAUUUUGUUUGUAAGGUUGUAAGUCAAUGGCAGAAAACUAAAUGCGAAGCAAUGAUAUCGGGGCAAGGCUUGUUUUGGAUUCUGACUGACUCGUUCUCAAUGGCGUGUUGUAGUGCUGUUGAUCGAC